GUGGGGAGGUGUUGUCUGGCCUACGGGUCCUGGUGGCUCUGCCGCAGCCUCUGUCGCGCUGUGACCUGCACUGGCCGUGGGGGUUGUAGGAAGGACUCGGGGGACCCAGGAGCCCUAGAAAUGGACUCAGUGGCCAUUGAGGACGUGGCUGUGAACUUCACCCCAGAGGAGUGGGCUUUAUUGGAUCCUUCACAGAAGAAACUCUACAGAGAUGUGAUGUGGGAAACCUUCAGGCACCUGGCCUCAGUAGGAAGAACAUGGGAAGAUUGUGAUCUUCAAGAUCAGUACAAAGACCAGGGGAGAAAAGUAAGUUCUACCACCUCUCUUUCAAAACAUGACAGAACGCACACAAGAGGGAAACCCUAUGAAUGUAAAAAAUGCAGUAAAGCAUUCACUUGUUCCAGUUCUCUUCAGAGACAUGAAAGAAUUCAUACUGGAGAGAAACCCUAUGAAUGUAAAAAAUGCAGUAAAGCAUUCACUUGUUCAGGUUCUCUUCGAGUUCAUGAAAGAACUCAUACUGGAGAGAAACCCUAUGAAUGUAAAAAAUGCAGUAAAGCAUUCACUUAUUCCAGUUCUCUUCGACUUCAUGAAAGAACUCAUACUGGAGAGAAACCCUAUGAAUGUAAAAAAUGCAGUAAGGCAUUCACUUGUUCAGGUUCUCUUCGAGUCCAUGAAAGAAGUCACACUGGAGAGAAACCCUUUGAAUGUAAAAUAUGUCGUAAAGCCUUCAGUUAUACCAGUUCUCUUUCAAAACAUGAAAGAACUCAUACAGGAGAGAAACCCUAUGAAUGUAAAAACUGCAGUAAAGCAUUCACUUGUUCCAGUUAUCUUCGAAAACAUGAAAGAACUCACACUGGAGAGAAAUCCUAUGAAUGUAAACAAUGCAGUAAAGCAUUCACUUGUUCCAGUUAUCUUCGAAAACAUGAAAGAACUCACACUAGAGAGAAAUCCUAUGAAUGUAAAGAAUGCAAUAUAGUCUUCACUGCUUCCAAAUAUCUUCUAGUCCAUUUAAGAAGUCACACUGGAGAAAAAGCCUAUGAAUGUGAGCAAAGUGAGAAAGGCUUUAGUUCUCAUGCAAACUUUUGA